AGCCAGAGGGCAUUGUCAGGCAGUGAUUUGAAGGAGGGUGGGAAUGGGGCAGAAAUUCCCAAGACAGGUUUCAGCUGGGUAUGAAGUGGAACUUGGAAAGGACCAGAGGCUACCAUUAUGGAAUGAACUUUCUCUAAGGGUAGUAAGUGCCUUUUCACUGGAACGUUCAACAGAAGAUGAAUGAAAACAGAAUCCAGGGUACUAUUUUUCUGCCUGGAAAUAAAGUUCUUGAGCAUCCCUGCAAUGAGGAGAGCCCAGGAAAAUUCCUUUUUGAAGUAGUUCCAGGAGGUGAUCGAGAUCGGAUGACAGCAAACCAUGAGAGCUACCUCCUUAUGGCAAGCACCCAGAAUGAUAUGGAAGACUGGGUUAAGUCCAUCCGCCGAGUUAUAUGGGGACCUUUCGGGGGAGGCAUUUUUGGACAGAAGCUGGAGGACACUGUCCGUUAUGAGAAGAGAUACGGGAAUCGUCUGGCCCCAAUGUUGGUGGAGCAGUGUGUGGACUUUAUCCGACAAAGGGGGCUGAAAGAAGAGGGUCUCUUCCGGCUGCCAGGCCAGGCUAACCUUGUUAAGGAGCUCCAGGAUGCCUUUGACUGUGGAGAGAAGCCGUCAUUUGACAGCAACACGGAUGUACACACAGUGGCAUCACUUCUUAAACUCUAUCUCCGAGAACUUCCGGAACCAGUUAUUCCUUAUGCAAAGUAUGAAGAUUUUUUGGCCUGUGCCAAACUGCUCAGCAAGGACGAAGAAGCUGGUGUUAAGGAAUUAGCAAAGCAGGUGAAGAGUUUGCCAGUGGUCAAUUACAACCUCCUGAAGUAUAUUUGCAGGUUCUUGGAUGAAGUACAGUCCUAUUCUGGAGUUAACAAAAUGAGUGUGCAGAACUUGGCCACUGUCUUUGGCCCUAAUAUCCUGCGUCCCAAAGUGGAAGAUCCUUUGACUAUCAUGGAGGGCACUGUGGUGGUCCAGCAGUUGAUGUCCGUGAUGAUUGGCAAACAUGACCGCCUCUUCCCCAAAGAGGCAGAACCGCAAAGCAAACCCCCAGAUGGAGUGAGUAACAAUAACAAUGAAAUUCAGAAGAAAGCCACCAUGGGUCAGCUAAAGAACAAGGAGAACAAUAAUACCAAGGACAGUCCUGGUAGGCGGUGCUCUUGGGACAAGUCUGAGUCUCCUCAGAGAAGCGGCAUGGAUAACGGAUCCCCUACAGCUGUACUGGGUAGUAAAACCAACAGCCCGAGGAACAGCGUUCACAAGCUGGAUGUGUCUAGGAGCCCCCCUCUCUUGGUCAAAAAGAAUCCUGCCUUCAAUAAGGGCAGUGGGAUAGUCACCAAUGGAUCCUUCAGCAGCAGUAAUGUGGAAGGUCUGGAGAAAACCCAAACCACUCCCAAUGGGAGCUUACAGGCCAGAAGGACCUCUUCCCUGAAGGGGUCUGGUACCAAAAUGGGCACCCACAGUGUCCAGAACGGUACAGUGCGAAUGGGCAUUUUGAACCCCGACACACUUGGGAGCCCCAUGAACGGUCGCAGUAUGAGCUGGCUGCCCAAUGGCUAUGUGACCCUGAGGGAUAACAAGCAGAAAGAGCAAGCGGGAGAGUCGGGCCAGCACAACAGGCUCUCCACCUAUGACAACGUCCAUCAGCAGUUCUCCAUGAUGAACCUGGAUGACAAGCAGAGCGUCGACAGUGCCACCUGGUCCACGUCCUCCUGCGAAAUCUCCCUCCCCGAGAAUUCCAACUCCUGUCGCUCCUCCACCACCACCUGCCCAGAGCAAGACUUUUACGGGGCUAAUUUUGAGGACCCUGUUUUGGAUGGGCCCCCGCAGGACGACCUCUCCCACCCUGGGGACUAUGAAAACAAGAGUGACCGGAGGAGUGUGGGAGGUCGAAGUAGUCGUGCCACCAGCAGCAGUGACAACAGUGAGACAUUCGUGGGCAACACCACCAGCACCCACAGUGCACUGCACAGUUUAGUGUCCAGCCUGAAGCAGGAGAUGACCAAACAGAAGAUAGAGUAUGAGUCCAAGAUAAAGAGCUUAGAGCAGCGAAACUUGACUUUGGAAACAGAGAUGAUGAGCCUCCACGAUGAACUGGAUCAAGAAAGGAAAAAGUUCACAAUGAUAGAAAUCAAAAUGCGAAACGCCGAGCGAGCAAAAGAAGAUGCUGAGAAAAGAAAUGACAUGCUUCAGAAAGAAAUGGAGCAGUUUUUCUCCACGUUUGGGGAGCUGACAGUGGAACCCAGGAGAACCGAGAGAGGAAACACAAUAUGGAUCCAGUGAGCCUGCUUCCUCCUGCUGUCUCCGAUGGACGUGGCGGGGGCUCCGGGGUGCUGUUGGGAACAUUCUGUGGGAUCGGGUGGCCGGUCCCCUGCUGUACAGUGCUCUAACUGGUGAAGGAAUAUCAUGUACAGACAUUACCCAUCCAUAUCUGCAAUGUGUACCAAAGUUAUAUCAUGCCCCAUAAUGCUACUGUCAAGUGUUACAACUGGAUAUGUGUAUAGAGAGUAGUUUUUAAAAAGUAAACUAAAAAUGGGAAGCAUAUCUCAAGAAUUAUUUUAUUGCAAGUCUUGUAUUUAAAAUGUUAAAUCAAUAUGUUGUUGCAAUUUAGCUUGCUUUCAAGCUUCACCCCUUGCACUUAACAUAAGCUAUUUUUGGCAUUGUGUUAUCAUCAGCUUAUUUUAUAGAUCAAUAUUUUUAUUUCCCCUUUUGCUGAGGAAAUGAAGAUGAGCAGAUAUAUAAAUAUAUAUAAAUAUAUAUCAGAUGAGUUAUUAAAGUCAAAAGAAUAUUUCGUGGCUGUGCUGUUUGUGCCAGUAGACCCCACCAUGACCAAAAGAGAAAUGUAAAUAGUUUUAUAAAAUACAGUAGACCCACCAGGAACCUUUGAUUUGCUCUUUAAAUUCCUCCCCCGACACUGCUCAGUUUUCUUAGGGAGGUGUCUUGACACAGAGAAUUUUGGAUUUUGUGGGAAAAAUAUAAAAGGCCCCAUCUCAAGGCUUAUUGUCUGCCUGGUCAGUCCCACAGAUGAAUGUCUCCUGUGCGGAAUGCACUUUAGAGGGAGCAGAUGGUAAAAGCAUUUAAUGAGUCAUGCCACGAACUACUCUGACCUUCAGGACUGAGUCUCGGUAACUGCUACAUGGUUUCGAGAAUAGUUCUUCCCACCAUUUGAAGGUUGGGAAACAAUGCUCGCAAUUCUAUGCCACAGGAACCCCUCCUAUCUGCUCAGACCUUGCCUCCAACCCCCAGCAAACACACUGCAGUGCAGGCAGUGAGAUGGUGUGACCGUGACCCUCUCAGUUGAACGGCUAGCAUGCGAGCCGUACGGUGACAUGUUUCUGUCACUCAGGCCUACUGUCCUGUUGUCACCCGGGAUUCUGUCUGCAGGACUGCUGGGAAAGGCAGGGGAUGGAGUGGAUAGCCCAGGAGGAGGAGACAAGUUAGGAAGAAGCCAACCAUUUUGCUUCUAAUUUUUACAAUAUUGUUCUUCCCAGUUGAAAACAUACUUGUUCACAACAAUUUUAAGAUGUGAACGUUUUGAGGUCCAAUUUUGACAAGUUUAUGCACAUGAGUAAUGGUGACUUCCUGUAGGAGCCCAAGGCUCUCUGGAGGUAGAGUUUGGAAAGAACAACUCUUCACGCUCCAGUAAGGCAAUGACUUUGAGAAGCCAGGCAAGGAACUAUUUCUCACCCUAGAACGAAAAGUCACAAAAGGCAUAACUGGAAAUAAAGACUGUUUGAGUUUA